GGUGACGUCACCACAUCUGUGGGUAGGACUGCACAAGUUGGCGCUCUCCCCACGCUGACGAGUACAAACGGAGACUUCCUCUUAAUCUAGAGGUAGACAACCAGGAAGUGAAAAUAUACACAUGGAGGGUGUGUCUUUUCUUGUCACUGUAUGUUUUAUUUUUAAAAACACAGUCCUCCUGGGAUAAAUAAAUGGGGGACGCGGCGAGGACCAAGCGGCGCGAGCAGCUGAAGCGCUGGGCCGGCUCCUGCACCGACAAAGCCUCGGUCGUGCCCAGGCGGAGGUGGCGGGGCGAUACCGACGACGGAGCGGGGGAACCGGAGCCCGAGCUCAGUAACUCACCGAAGGACCAGCCAGUGUCUGGUGGCAAAGAUGAAACCAGUCCUCUCCUCAAACGACGGAAGAGUGUGAGGUUUGACAGGGCUGCAGAGUUCCUGGCUGCCUGUGCCAGUGGGGACACUGAGGAGGCCCAGUUGAUGCUCAAAGAAGCCAAAGAGACCGAAACGAGGAAUGGGGAGAAUGUGGCAGAAGUUAUCAACUGUUCUAACACCGAUGGAAUCACAGCUCUCCACCAGGCCUGCAUAGAUGGCAGCCUGGAGAUGGUGACCUUCCUCUUGAAGCAUGGAGCCAACGUGAACCAGGUUGACAGUGAAGGAUGGACACCGCUGCAUGUGGCUGCCUCCUGCGGCCACGCUGACGUCACAGCUUUCCUUUUACAGCAAGGUGCGUCUCUCUCUGCUGUGAACUGUGACGGAGAUGUUCCUCUGGACAUUGCUCUGGAUGAGUCCACUGAGUCCCUUCUUCAGGAAUACACGCUGAGACAGGGUGUGGACAUAGAGGCAGCGAAGCGGCUAGAGGAGGAACAGAUCAUUACAGAUGCUCGGACCUGGCUAACUGAAGGCCCACCAACCGACAUACGACACCCUAGGACCGGGGCCACCCCGCUGCAUGUGGCUGCAGCCAAGGGCUAUCUAGAGGCCCUGAAGAUACUGUGUCAGUGUGGGCUGGAUGUGUCAGCUAUGGAUUUUGACGGCUGGACACCUCUCCAUGCAGCUGCGCACUGGGGUCAGGGGGAGGCCUGUCACAUUCUGGCUGAACAGCUGUGUAAUAUGGAGGCCCGCAGCAAUGCGGGUCAGACGCCGUUUGAUGUAGCUGAUGAAAGUAUCGAGGGACUGCUGGAGGAGUUAUUACAGAAACAAGCCAAUUGGCGUAAUGAACAGUCCAUAUUAGACCGGCAAAACCAACAAGGCUCCACUGCUGCAAGUGUACUGAACAAGCGGCGGAGGAGCUCAGUGUGCAGGAUGAGCAGUAAAGACAAGAUGAACGUGCAAGAUCAAUCUAAAGAGAAGGGUGUUUCAGGAGACCUGGAGCUGAACGAGGAGAAAGACAGCAGCCCCGAAAGCUCCACUGUGUCUAGUCCAGACACAGAGAGUGUGACCACGUCUACAGCCAGCCCUGCUGACAAGACACCAGAGGAGAAAGAUGAGGAGGAGGAGGAGCAGGACAAGGAAAGCCGCACUGCUAGAGUCCAGCCCACUCCUCAGACGAGGGAUGCCACAGCUGAGAGCCCAAACACCCCUAGUGGUGACAGGCGCAAGUUCCAGGCUCCGGUAAGAGAUGAAGAGUCAGAGUCCCAGCGGAAAGCUCGCUCUAAGCGGCUGCGCCAGUCUCGCCGCUCCACACAGGGUGUCACCCUGACUGAUCUGAAAGAAGCAGAGAAGACUGUAACUAAAGCUGUGGAUCCGUCUCGCAGCAUCCAGCCUGUCAGCCCCAUCGUGACGAUCACACCUGCUGAAAGGGAUACAGACCCAGUAAAACAGGUGGAGUCAGAUGGAGAGAAGCGUCUGGGAGUAAAGGACAGGAGGAGAGUGAGGAGGGAGAGACGCUCCACUGGCAUCGUUCAGCCCGGAGAAGAGAAUGAAGAGGAGGAUGCCCAUCUGGAUGAUAUAAACAGUAACAGCCAUUCCAAUGCGAGUCAGCUGGGAGACUCAUCUGCUGACUACAGAACGCUGUACUUUAAGGUACUGCAGGAGAACCUGGCCCUGAAGGACAAGAUGCAGGAGAUGGAGCUGCUGCUGAGCCAAAAUAAAGUGGAGCUGGAGAGACUCCGACAGGUUCGGCAGAGUCAAGAGAGCGGCACAUACAGACCGGCCCUGCUGGAACUGGAGAGAUUUGAGAAGUUGGCCCUCCAGAGGAAAGCAGUGGAACUGGAGGAUGAGCUGAAGGUUUUGGGAGACCUCAAAGCAGACAACCAGAGGCUCAAGGAUGAGAACGCUGCUCUCAUUCGAGUCAUCAGCAAACUCUCAAGAUGAACCUGGAAGAAAACCCUACCCUGGAAAUAAAAAAAGAAAAAAAAAAGUAUUAUAGGAUUUAUCUUUUGCUCGACUCAGAAGACACAAACCAGCAGGAGAGGCGCAGCAUCAGACACCUGCAAAGCACAUUCAACAGUUAGUGGAACAACGGGGAUAUCAGGGUUAUUAGCCAGUGUCUGGGCCCUUGUUUUGGCAGAUCUACUGUAGAACAAACUGAACUGUGGACUGACAGGAUGUUCCUGUUCACAUCCACUUUUAUAUUAAGUUUUUACUGUUGUAUUUUUUUAACUGGAAUAUUUUGUGCUUUGCUCCUGUGAUACUUUGUAUGAAAUCUGUAUUAAGAGACUUAAAAGCCAUGCACAGAUAGCUUUCUUCACCUCCUAAGGGGUGGAGAAAUAAAGACCUGACAGUUAUGUAGGGAGUGGUCAUAGAGAAAGGAAAAAACUGUGCCAAAAACCAGCCCGUUUCGCAUGUCAUUUGGGGAAAACUCAGUGGUCAGUGUUCUUUCUCAGGAUGAGUCUGGCUUGAUGCUGACCAUUUUAGUUAACGUCUGUAGAGGUGGACCAAAUUUGCAUGCUCAUUUCUCCCUCUGAAUGUAUAUUUAAGCACGGGGGCCGUCUGUCCUGACAGUGGUGUAAAGGUGUAGCCAUGGUUACUGUUGUACAAAGUUACGGAAAGUUUUAGGUGCUAGUCACAGGCGUCAGGCGCAGCUCGUGUUCAAGGGGAUUUUUACAGAAAGUGUUUGUGAUAAAUGUCACACCUUUUCGAGUGAGCAUGGAGAAAAUGCUCUGUUCUUAGUACUGUAAGUUGCUACUAAUUUCACUUUGCCAUUUUUUGACUGGAUGCUUCUGAAAGCAACAACCCCAGGCCUAAACCCCCAUCUAUUUAUCUUGUGACGGACGGCUGUUCUUGUUCAACAGACAGGCCUGAUGGGUCGCCUUCUGAAUGUUUACUCUAGUCUUAAAAGAAAAAAAUGUGCAUGGCAAGUUGUAUUUUGAUGCUGUGCCUUUCAAUAUACAUUUGUAAUAUUUCUAUUUUGCUUUGGCAAAUGUACACUUAAGUAUAAAAUAUAGUAUGGGUGUAAAUUAUUAAGAUUCUUGUUUUUGUGAUUGAUUUAUUUUUUAGAAAUCACUAAACAUUCAGCCCAGGCAGUAUAUUUGUCAUGGAGGACCACAGAUGCCAUGGAAAUAAUAGAUUUCACUAAUUGAACAGCAAAAACAAAUUUAUAUUUUAAUGGGAAGUAAUUAUGAAGACUAAUUUACAAAUGAUAACUACUUCAAUUUAAAGGGCAAAUUCCCCAUUAAAUAGUGGAAUUUCAAAAUCAAUUUGAAAAUGGUUUUAAAAGGGAAAGAUUUGAAUUAGUAAAAUAUUAAGAUCUUAACAGUUUUCACAGCCUGAGUAAUGGCCUUCUCCUCAUGGGAAGCAAACUGAACUUCAUGUGUAAAAUUGGAGGUGUCCUUUUGUUACCAAAUAACUCAGGACUCCUGCUUGUUCAGGUAAAAGCAGUGCUCCUUAUCCAGUGUUAGAGGACAAGUUGAGCAAAAUCUUUAUUGACUGAGAAGAGCAAUCACAAAUGAUGAUAGAAUAUACAACCCCACCAGCAUGCCAGCAUUUUCAUAGAAACUGUACAAUGUGAAGGAAUGUAUGGUGCAGGAAUACACUAUCAACAGGAAAAAAGUUUUACAUCCAUAUGUUCUGGUACAGUACAAGUUGAUUUCAAUGUUGUGUUAGUUGUCAGUGUUUUAAACCCUCCUCUCUCAUUAAAUACUGUUUCUGUUGUAGUGUCA